UCCCGAUCUAGAAGGUACAGAGCAGGUCCUGGUCGGACAAUACAAAGAUUGCAUGAGGAGGAGGACUAUCCCCUCUAGCUGAUCCAGUUGUCUCCUCUUCUCCUGAAUGACCCCCAAGGAUGGACAAGGACAGGAAUGAGACGACUAAGAGAAUAUUACACUUCACCCUGGAGAUCCUCCACCUGCUGACCGGAGAGGAUUACACCAUAGUGAAGAAGACAUGGGGGGAGUGUGUGGCCCCCAGCAGCCAUCUCCAUGAGUCAGGAGGACGGAGCAGGGCCCGGGGCAACAUCAUGGAGCCUCCACCUCACUCACUGAUACAUGAGAAGAAAAUCCUGGAACUCAUCCACAGGAUCACUGAGCUGCUGACUAGAGAGGUUCCUAUAAGGUGUCAGGAUGUGGCGGUCUAUUUCUCCAUGGAGGAGUGGGAGUAUGUAGAAGGACACAAGGAUCUGUACCAGGACAUAGUCAUGAUGGAGGAUCACCGGCCCCUCACAUCACAAGAUGGAGUCAUUGAUAGAAAUCCACCCGAGAGGUGUCCCCGCCCUCUGUAUUCCCAGGACUGUCCAGAGGGAAAUGUCCCAGAGAAGCAUCAGGGGGGAGAUCUGACUAAUAAUAAAGUGGAGGAUGAAGAAGAGAGGAUGAGGGGCCAUCACCCGUGUAUGAGGGAAGUGAAGGAGGAAAUUCCAGGAGGUGUUACCCCAGAAAAUCCCAUUAAAAACCCUGAGCGAAAAGUCAUGUUAUCCCUGAAUGAUAAAGGAGAAGAUGGAGAGAUCAUGGAGCGCCCCUCAGGAGAAGAUGGAGAGAUCAUGGAGCGCUCCUCAGGACAAGAUGGAGAGAUCAUGGAGCGCCCCUCAGGAGAAGAUGGAGAGAUUAUGGAGCGCUCCUCAGGAGAAGAUGGAGAGAUCAUGGAGCGCUCCUCAGGACAAGAUGGAGAGAUCAUGGAGCGCUCCUCAGGAGAAGACCUCCUUACCCCUAAUGUCCAUCCAGAUCUAUCAUAUAAUAAUCCCCCUGAUUAUGGGGAACCGUCUCCUCACCAAUCACACAUUGUUAUCACAAGGACAGAGGAGAACGGGGAAAAAGGUUUUCACUGUGAUGAAUGUGGAAAAUAUUUCCAAAAAAUUUUAGGUCUUAUUAAACACAAACAAAGUCAUGAAAGAAUGAAGCCAUAUCUGUGUUCAGAAUGUGGGAAAUGUUUUACAGAUAAACCAACUCUUGUUAGACAUGCAAGAAUUCACACAGGAGAGAAACCAUAUUCAUGUUCAGAAUGUGGGAAACGUUUUACAGAUAGGUCACAUCUGAUUACACAUAGAAGAAUUCACACAGGAGAGAAUCUACAUUCAUGUUCAGAAUGUGGGAAAUGUUGUUUAACAAAAUCACAUCUUGUUAUACAUAAGAGAAGUCACACAGGAGAGAGGCCAUAUACAUGUUCAGAAUGUGGGAAAAAUUAUACACAAAAAUCACAUCUUGUUAUGCAUGAAAGAAGUCACACAGGAGAGAAGCCAUAUUCAUGUUCAGAAUGUGGGAAAUGCUUUUCAUACAAAUCGCACCUUGUUACACACAUGAGACUUCACACAGGAGAGAUGCCAUUUUCAUGUUCAGAAUGUGGGAAAUGCUUUUCAGAUAAAGCAAAUUUUGGUAAGCAUGUGAGAAGCCACACAGGUGUGAAACCGUAUUCAUGUUCAGAAUGUGGGAAAUGCUUUAUGAAGAAAACUAAUUUUGUUAAACAUGAGAGAAGUCACACAGGGAAUUAGCCAUAUUUGUGUUCAGAAUGUGGGAAAUGCUUUGCAAAAAAAAAAAUCAGAUCUUGUUAGAUAUGAGAGAUAUAAGAUGUAAAAUAAAAAAAAAGUAAAUUCUAUGGAAGUCAAUGGAUUUCUGCUUUGAUUGCUAGAAGAAACAGAGAGGCCUAACUACGGCCCAUGGACUUUUAACCUUUAAAGUAAAAGGCUCAAACCUAU